AAACGGUCUCAUUUUGACUUAUAAAGAAACAGGGUUCUUACCGCUUCUUCUUCCACCAUCGCGUUAGGGUUUACAGAGUUUCACUGAUUUUACCUUUCACUCUUUCAAUGAUACGCUAAAUUGUUGCAUUUCCUUUCAGCAAUAAUCGGAAUGGACAACGAAGAAGAUCCUCCUGAACCCCCAACCAAAAGACACAAAUGCUCAGCAUGCUAUAAGCAAUAUAAGAAGAAAGAAUAUCUUGUUGAGCACAUGAAAACCGCUUACCACUCUAUCCAUCAACCUAAAUGUGUGGUUUGUGAAAAGCAUUGCAAAUCUUUUGAAUCUCUUAGGGAACAUCUAACCGGCCCUUUGGCUAAAGGACUUUGUUCAGCGGUUUUCUCUCAGUACGGUUGUCAACUUUGUUUGACCCGAUUUGACAGUCAUGCUUCUCUCAGUGACCAUAGAGAAACUUGUCGCCUAGCUGCCCCUGUUCCUCUAGGGACAAACGAAUUUCCUUGUACAAACAUCCAUAAUAAUUUUCUGGAUUCUUCUGAUGAAAAUGAUGCUGACUGCCUCCCGAGAGCAAUUGCUAUGGACUGUGAAAUGGUUGGUGGUGGAAGUGAUGGAUCUCUGGAACUUUGUGCUAGAGUGUGUUUAGUUGAUGAAGAUGAGAACUUAAUCUUCCACACAUAUGUAAAACCUCAAAUCCCUGUUACCAAUUACAGGUAUGAUAUAACUGGGUUGACAGAAGAGCAUCUUCAAGAUGGUAUGCCACUUAAGGAAGUUCGGGAAAAGAUUUUGCAAAUUUUAUACAAUGGAGAAUCCAUUGGAAAAGUUAGGUUGGAUGGUGGAAAGGCCAGGCUUCUUGUAGGGCAUGAUUUGGCACAUGAUUUGGAUUGCUUGGGAAUGAGUUAUCCUGAUCACUUGAUGAGAGACACUGCAAAGUACCGUCCAUUGAUGAAGACAAACUUGGUCUGCUAUUCGCUCAAGUAUCUUACCCGAACAUAUCUAGGUUAUGAUAUCCAAACCGGCACUCACAAUCCAUAUGAAGAUUGUAUUUCCGUGAUGAGACUGUACAAGAGAAUACGAGGUCAAAGUCACAAGGAAAAAGGCUACAGAACAUUGACUCCGAGUGACAACAUCUUGGACAUGUUCGACAGUUGGAGAUCCAAGGAACUAGACAACCUCACACCAGAUGAACUUUAUGCCAUCUCAAAAUCAGAUUAUAGGUGUUGGUGUUUGGAUUUGAAGCCAAGAUUGGCGCAAGCUUGAGUUAUCGAUCAUUGCGGUUUGUUUAUAACACAAAUCAACUGUGUGCGUUUUCUUAGGUCAUGUUUGGAGUACUGUCUUAUUGUGGUGGUAACACACAUUUAGUGUGAAACUACAUUUGGUAGCAAUGGCUUUGCUGAACAGUAUAGCGAUGCUUUUUUUUACUUACCAAACAGUUUACAAGAUGCUUUCGUGAUACUAAACAUGCAGGUGCUUAAGAAUUUACUGGA